CCAGCAUUUAUUUCUCCAAUUAUCAACUCCGAUUCCUAUUUCUUGAAAGUCAUUCAAUUGACAAGCGAAUAACCUCACAUUUCCCUAAGCCCUUCGAUCUAAUGAUAGAGCGACCUAUCAAGCUGGAAACCAUGGCAGCUCGAACACUGGAAUCCCAAUUUGGGCGUUUGUCCGUCAAUGAUGAGAACGAUUACCAAAAACCAAAGACCAUUGGGAGUACAACACAAACAGUACAUGGUUCGAGUCGUCCAAACCUCUUUAAGGUCGCUCUUCAAGCGCAGAGCGCAAAUACCGUUACUACAGUCACCCUCCCAUCACAGGCUGCACAACGUAAUAAAGGUGCACCACCUCCCUCACCUACUAGGAAACCACUUCCUACUGUUACUACGGUAUCAAAGACAUCAUCCGAUGAAAAGGAGCUGGUUGAGCGGAAGUCGGCGUCUCUUAUUGACCAGCCAUUCCUACCAAAAGAGUUCCAUCUUGGCAUGUUCGAGAUUGGGAAACCAUUAGGGAAAGGUAAAUUCGGAAGAGUUUAUUUAGCACGAGAGCGGACAAGCGGCUAUAUUUGUGCCUUGAAGGUGCUUCACAAGAAAGAGUUAGAGCAGGGUCGAGUUGAGAAGCAGGUGCGGCGAGAAAUCGAGAUCCAGAGCAACUUGAGGCAUCCCAACAUCUUACAGCUGUUUGGUCACUUUCACGACAGCAAGCGAGUCUUCUUGAUUCUGGAGUUUGCGGGUAAGGGCGAGCUGUAUAAGCACCUUAGGAGGGAGCAGCGAUUCCCCGAGUGGAAAGCUUCGCAGUACAUCGCCCAGAUGGCGAGCGCCCUGAGAUACCUGCACCGCAAGCACGUCAUCCAUCGGGACAUCAAGCCGGAGAACAUUCUUAUGGGGAUUCACGGCGAGAUUAAGAUCUCCGAUUUUGGCUGGAGCGUACAUGCACCGAAUAGUCGUCGCCAGACCAUGUGUGGUACUCUUGAUUACCUCCCGCCCGAGAUGAUCAAACCUGGCAGCUCGGAUAACUACUACGACGAGAAGGUGGACCUAUGGAGUUUAGGUGUGUUGACGUACGAGUUUCUGGUGGGAGAAGCACCGUUCGAAGACACGCCAGUCAUGACGCAAAGGAGAAUUGCGAAGGCAGACAUGACUAUCCCGUCGUUUGUUAGCCCUGAAGCAAGGGAUCUUAUCAAGAAGCUACUGGUUCUCGACCCUCAAAAAAGGAUACCGUUGGAACAGGUCCAGACGCACCCAUGGAUUGUCAAGCACUGCAUUAGGGGAGAGCGUGCCUCAAAUAGGGAAAAGAAGGAUCGUUCUAGCGAAAAAUAACGAAUUAAUUGGAAUGAAUUCACAUGUAUGUUUAGGCAAGGCGAGGCGUUCGGGUGAUGGAUUAAUCGGGCUGGGGAAUUUGCAUGCUUAGGGGAGUCGGAUGUUAUUGCGUACCAUGAUUUGAAGUUACAGACACAGACCUUAUUCGCCGCCUGGCUAGAGUCCCGACGGGAGGGUAAUUAUAGUACAGGUGAUAAAUACAGCAUUUGCUCGAAAGCGAGUUUUGGAUUGGUUUCGCUCAUCUGUAAACCUC